CGGCGGCGGGGCAAGCGGGGAGGGAAUGUUCCUCUCGGCUGUGUCAAGCGACGGUGCCUGCGCCUUGGCCAGUAGCUGGCGCAUGCGCCUUGGCCGGCCGUCUUCCCUGUGGACGAUUGCUGGGCAGGAGGCGAGUGCGCUUGUACCGUGCGGGGAAGGGCGGCGCUCGGCGGCUGUUUCCUCUUUGGGAGGCCCCCGGUGGCGGAGGUGGACGGAGGCGGCGGGAUGGUCAUGGCGUACUUCGUGGAGAGUUUCUGGGGGGAAAAGAACAAUGGCUUUGAUGUCCUAUAUCAUAACAUGAAACAUGGACAUGUAUCUACAAAAGAACUAGCAGAUUUUAUAAGAGAAAGGGCUGCAAUAGAAGAAGCAUAUUCAAGGUCAAUGACCAAGCUAGCCAAAUCAGCGAGCAAUUAUUCACAGCUUGGGACAUUUGCACCAGUUUGGGAUGUUUUCAAAUCAUCAACAGAAAAAUUAGCAAGCUGUCACUUGGAACUUGUUCGGAAGUUGCAAGAACUAAUAAAAGAAGUGCACAAAUAUGGAGAUGAACAAAUAAAAGCUCAUAAAAAGACUAAAGAAGAAGUUUCAGGAACUUUGGAAGCAGUGCAAAAUAUUCAGAGCAUUACUCAGGCCCUUCAGAAAGCAAAAGAAAACUACAAUUCAAAGUGUGUGGAACAAGAGCGUUUGAAAAAGGAAGGUGCAGCACAGAGAGAAAUAGACAAGGCAGCAGUAAAAUCUAAAAAAGCUACCGAUACAUACAAACAGUAUGUAGAGAAGUAUGCUGCAUCAAAAUCUGAUUUUGAACAGAAAAUGACUGAAACUGCACAGAAGUUUCAAGAUAUUGAAGAAAUGCAUCUCAUCCAUAUGAAAGAGAUUGUAGCAAGUUUUUCAAAAACAGUAAAAGAAGUUCACUUACAAAUUGGUGAGGUCCAUGAAGAAUUUAUAAAUAACAUGACAAACACAACAGUUGAAAGUUUGAUACAAAAAUUUGCUGAGUCAAAGAGCACAGGCAAAGAAAGACCUGGGCUUAUUGAAUUUGAAGAAUGUAACACAGCCAGUGCAGUUGAAGGGAUAAAGCCGAGGAAAAAAAUGCAUUUUGUGUUAUCGGGGAUUAUUAAGAAGGAAAAAGAUGCAGAAUCUGUGGAAUGUCCAGAUGCAGAUUCAGUUAACAUUCCGGAUGUAGAUGAAGAAGGGUAUAGCAUUAAACCAGAAGCUAGUCAGAAUACCAAAGAGAACCACUUCUAUUCAUCAAGUGAUUCUGACUCUGAAGAUGAUGAACGAAGGAAGUUCCAUGUGGAAAUUAAACCUGUACAGCCAAACAGUAGUUCUCAUUAUACCAUGCCUUCAUUGGAGGAAUUAAAAGAAUCAAUAGGGAACAUCACUCUUUCACCAGCUAUAUCUAGACACAGUCCUGCACAAAUGAACAGGAACUCAUCUAGUGAAGAAUUAACAAAAUCAAAGAUUUCUGCUUCAUCUAAUGAAAAGGGGAGCAAUGACCUCCUGGCAUGGGAUCCACUCUUUAGAAAUUCUGGUGACUCAUCCUCAACCUCAACAAUGUCUUCAUCCUCAUCAGCUAGGCCAACAACCCCUCUUUCUGUGGGUACCUUAGUGCCUCCUCCAAGACCAGCCUCCAGACCAAAGCUACCCACAGGGAAACUCAGUGGAAUUAAUGAAAUUCCAAGGCCUUUCAGUCCUCCUUUGACCUCCAGUUCCAGUCCACCUCCUUCAGCUCCUUUGGCACGUGCAGAGAGUUCCUCUUCAAUAUCAUCAUCUGCUUCAUUAAGUGCGGGAAAUACACCCACAGUUGGUGUUUCACGUGGUCCUAGCCCUGUCAGCCUUGGAAACCAGGAUACAUUGCCUGUUGCAGUGGCUCUUACUGAGUCGGUUAAUGCCUACUUUAAAGGAGCAGAUCCCACAAAAUGCAUUGUGAAGAUCACUGGUGAUAUGACAGUCUCAUUCCCAAGUGGGAUUAUUAAAGUCUUCACCAGCAAUCCAUGUCCACCUGUGCUGUGCUUCAGGGUAAAAAACACAAGCAAACUAGAGCAGAUUCUUCCAAAUGCACAACUUGUAUACAGUGAUACAUCACAAAGUGAUCUGAAUACAAGGGAUUUUUGGAUGAACAUGCAAGCUGUCACAGUCUACCUCAAGAAACUAUCAGAACAGAAUCCUUCUGCCUCUUACUAUAAUGUAGAUGUUCUAAAGUAUCAGGUAUCUUCAAAUGGCAUUCAAUCAACACCACUGAAUCUUGCCACAUACUGGAAGUGCAAUGCUAGCACUACUGAUGUAAGAGUUGAUUACAAAUACAACCCAGCUUCUAUGGCAGUGCCAAGCAUACUGUCUAAUAUACAGGUCAUGGUACCAGUUGAUGGAGGUGUGAUGAACAUGCAAUCACUUCCCCCAGCAAAAUGGAAUGCAGAACAAAUGAAAGCUUUUUGGAAACUAUCUGGUGUUUCAGAAAAAUCAGAAAAUGGAGGCUCAGGCUCUCUCAGGGCCAAAUUUGACCUUUCAGAAGGACCCAGUAAGCCAGCAACACUGGCAGUGCAAUUUAUCAGUGAGGGAAGCACUCUUUCAGGAGUAGACGUUGAACUUGUAGGCAAUGGCUAUCGGCUUUCCCUAAUUAAGAAGAGGUUUAUCACUGGACGAUAUAUGGCGGAUUGCUGAUGAACCUGUGGGGGAAAAAUCAGUUCUCUCAAUGAAUGAAAUUUUAUUCUCUCUCUACUACCUUUCCAACACUAUUUUAACAUGCAUUAUUUUUUUUAAAAAAUGUAUUGACUAGUUCUUGGAGUUUUUACACAACAAAAAUGCACUUUUUAAAUAAGUCAUUUUUAAAUAUCUUUAUUUUAUAAUAGCACUGAAUUGAACUCCAACACUAUCUGUAGAAAAUCAACAGCAAUAUUGGGAAACAAAUUAUUCAGAUGCUUAGUACAGAUGAAGCCUAAGAGCUAAAAUAGUACUGUAAUCUUUUUGGCAUUUAAAGUAUGUGGUGUGUUUGACGCCAUAAACAACCGCAACAUAUUUUAGCUUUCUAUAAAUAUUACUCAAGAAAUUCUGUUUGUUUCCAUUAUUGCCAUUCCAUAAGUAAAACAGUAGCAAAUAUAUUUUUGUUUCUCUUUUGUAUAUUCAUGUGCCAUAUCUUGUUAGAGAGAUGUAUACAAGGCAACUUGAUCUCCAUAUACCAUAUAUAAUUAAGUGUACAUUGUUUCAUGAGUGUUUUUAAAUGUAAAAGUGCAAUGUUUUUUAAAAGAAAUUGCAACAGACAACAGAUAUAUUUACUUCUGCCAUUAGUUAACUUUAUGGGAGUUGUAAUUUUUGAAUUAAUGCUGUAGAUUAAUUUAUUUUUAUAUGGAAUGUGUAACAUUUGUGCCUUUUUAAAAUAUGUGCCUCUUAGUGUUUGUGCCUUUCAUUUUCUUUUUCACUGUCUACCACACAGAGAACUUAGUGAUGUUCUAUGUAAUAAAUAAAACUACAUAAUUCCCUAGGUGCAGGGAUUUAGAAGGGAAAUUUACCAUGACUUAAAACAAAGUAUUAAAUGAUUUCCUUGUGGGUUAAUUGCAAUAAAUGCAGCCACUCUAAAGGGAACUGCCUGCCUGAUAUAUUCACAUAAAAACAACUUGAUAUUAAAUCUUUAGCUUCACUUUCACCAAAGAUGUAUAAAAUAUUACAAGUGUGCUAAAUAAUGAUUUUAAAACAAUCAUUUACACAAGAACAAUUGUAGUGUUUCCCUUUGACUUUAAAGUUCUAAAGAUUCAAAUACUUUCAGGCAUGUGACAUGAGGGUAAAUGUUGCUGUUCAUGAUGAAUAGCAUUCUUUUAAAGUUUAUUAUAAGCAGUGGAAAUGGUCAUUCAUUAAUUUCAACGUGGAUAAACUAAACUAGAAGUGACCCAUCAUUUUUAAUAGAGAUUACUAUUUUUAGAAUUUGUAUUAUGCUGAUAAGAUCUUAUUAAAUGCUGAAAUCAAAAGUGGGGAUAGUUGCAGUCUAUAACCAGCAACUGAGAAUUCACAGGUUGCACCUCUGAGUUCCAGUGUCUAGAAGCACAUAUGAAACCAAUAACUCAUUUUUUAAAAAUACGUUUAAAACCACUAAUGAAUUGGCUAGUCAAGGUGAUUAGAUAUAGAUAUAUGUAUGUAAUGCCCCUUUUAGUGAAUAUUGUACACUACAAAGGCAGUCAGUGACAGGUGCAUAUAUUCUAAUGAUUUCAAAGGAAUUUAUACAAUGAUAAUUGAGCGUAGGAUUGCAGUCGAGUCAUACUGGAUUAGUUUACAUUUUACAUGUGAUCAUUAUUUUAUCAGAUCUUAGCCAUAUUUCAUUAGAGCAGUAAGUAUUUGAUCUCCAUAUUCUAAAAUGUUACUCCUUACUGAAUAAUUACUAGAACUUGUAUGUAAAAUUGGCAUUUCAAAUGGUACAGUCUAUUACUGGAAUCUUAAUUGUAAUCUGCUUUUUCAGUCAAAACUGAACAGUGUAAUGCCUUACCUUAGUAUUUUGAACUUCAGUCUAUUUUACUCUCUAUUUUAAAUCAUGUAUUUUUAAAUUAGUGCAAAAUUUAAGUUUCAGCACUUUUAAUCUAGCAUUCAUACUAAGGAUUCUUAAACAUUCAUUCGCAAACAGUGCAGGUUACAAUUUUGAAGCCAUACAAGUUUAUAUAUAAUUUUUCUAAAGACAUCUUAAAACUGUGUAAAAAUACAGAUACCUGAGAAUUGCAUGUAGCAAGCUGGUUCUUGCUUGUUUAUAAAGUGAUAAUCUUUGUAGCUGCCUCUAGAGAGAAUAUGUAAACAACUCUAAAGGGUUUGAGGUUUCUAUGAACUGUAAAUUAGAGCAUUAUAAAUCUAUCUUACAAAAAUUGUAAAUACAUCUGAUCUUUCCUAAAAUGUAAAAAAAAAAUGCAUCCCAUAUUAAACAUGUAAUAUAUAAUUUAUAAUUUGUUUGCUGUUUAUACACUAUCGGAGAGAUCCUAGGGAAUCCAUCCAAGGGCUGUCUUCUCACAUAAAAUGUAUUCGUUUUCUGAAUGAGGGAAACACAUUUUAUCUAAUCUCUCCAAAUUCUAAUAAAACAUGUGAUAUAGUGA